GCGCAGGAGGCGGCGGAGGGUAUCCUCCCCUGUUCCACGGAGGAAGCCUCCGAGUGCAACUUGAGCAACUGGUUCAAACGCAGGCAACUUGGCACCGGUCAGGAACAUCUGGUCAGAAGAGCGGAUGCGCAGGACCAUGCCCUGCAACAGAUGAGGAAUGAGGACGUCGACGAGAUGCAAAUUGUUGUAGGAGGGUGGAAUGAGUGCAAACGAGAACUAAUCGAAGAAGAUGUCAGACAGAUGUUUGCAUGCAUGGACGGGGGUGCCUUGAUUAGGAAUAUCUACAUACCUUAUGUGAGAUGUGGGUAUUGCCGUGUGGAACUGAACUAUCCAGAGCAGGACAUCUGGAAGCAACGAAAACUCCAAGGAGUGGUCGUGCAAGCCUUGAAGGAACAGCGCUUUGCCAGCAAGGCCCCCGGCCAAGAAAACUGCUCCUUCUGGGCGGCCAGGAAUCGCUCUAUCCAAGAACGUGCCAAGGUUAGAGCAGUCAUAUCUACGUACGAGCUCUGCGUGCGCCACGUUGGGGCAACGGUGGCAGAUCGCGACUGGCGAGGCCGGGUAUGGGUGGGGACCACCCAGGUCCUUCACCACAUCGAGCACCGCACACGGCGUGGGGACACGUUAAUGCUCAUAGACGCUCGGGGGAAUGAGACAGGAUGGUAUCUUGACCUUGCUCAAAUGCAGGCGAGCUCGGAGAUGUCCGGAACUUGGGUGAAGGCAGCUCUAAAGUGGAUACAGUGCACGGCGAUUUUGGUCGCUUUGGAUCUGGAAUUCGUUCAUAAGCGAGAUGCCCCUGAGACGUGGGAACGAGGUGUCAGUCAUCUCAUGUUUCACCUCACUGGAGACCUUCGGGUGGCACUCCCAUCCGAUCACAAUGCCGUCUGCAUGAAGGUUCGCUUUCGCUUCCGCCGCACCGUGCCGCGCAAGCUUUCCGCGCUGAGGGAGUUAGUUCGCGACCUCCUUCUCUCAGGCGCACAGACAGAGGGGUCUUACAUCCAACGAUGUGGAGGUGUAGAACAAGCAACCACACAGUUGUUCCAAUUCUAUGAUGACAAGUACAGCACGUGCGAAGCACCAGUCUCAGACCAACACUGGGAUAGUCUUGCACAAAGGCAUGCCGGCGCCUCAGUUGCACCUGUCACCAAAGAGGAAGUCUUGAAGGCGCUCAAAGGGGCCAGGAAUGGUGUCUCUGCGGGCAUGGACGGAGUCACAUAUGAGGGGGUCAUCCAUCUAAUCAACCAGGACCAGCAGUCUAGGAUACCCGCUUUCUUUACGGCACUUAUGCGGGGGGAAGCCCCCCUCCCGCUGACGUGGAAGCAAGGCAAGAUUGUUCUCCUGCCCAAAGCGGCCCCGCCCUACACGGGCCACCAAAUUGGAUGCAGACCAGGAGUGCAAGCCGCAGAUGGGAUUAUGGCGGCGCAAGCGGCGCUACAGCUUUUGAAGCAGAUCACGGGCAGGUCCUACGCUGUGAAAAUAGACAUCAAGGCAGCUUUUGACAGCAUCAGUCAACUGGCUGUGUUCAGAUGGCUGAUGACAUGCAGGCCUGCUAAGGAGUGUGAACUUCUUUUCCAGCUGCUACAUGGUACGUCGGUUGAAUUAGGACUGGGAGGGCACAGGCACGUGGUCCCCAUGCAUCGGGGCCUUAUGCAAGGGACUGCAUAUUCUGCCGAUGUCUUCAGUCGGGUCAUAGAUUACUUUCUGGGCCCCCUGCAUGAUCGUUUUAGUGAGCAGUUCAGUAGCGACCAGACGAAGCUUGCAGCAAUUCCGCAUUUCAUUAUCUAUGCGGACGACAUUAUCUUGUUCGCUGACUCGCCUGCAAGCCUACAGAGUAAGCUCCAGCAAGUCAUCGAUGUUCUUGCGACUUUAGGCCUCCAGGUCAACCCAGACAAGAGCUGUGCGAUGACUGCACACGAUGGGAGCUCCCCGGGGAUUUGGUUGCGAGGUAGGGCUACCCCACUGCAGGUGGACACCUCCUUGGUUUUCCUGGGAGUUCCCCUUUCGCAUUCACCCAGCCCACAACUCACCAUCUCGCACUUGCUCAGAAAGACAAAUCAUGCCUAUUAUGGUUUCAAGCGGAUAAUGGACUGUGGGCAAGCACCGUUAUCUGUACGGCUCUUGAUCUUUGAGACGUUCAUCACGGCCAAAUGGGCGUGGGCAGCGGCGGUCGGGGCCGCGCACGCAGGACCCGAGGUCCGCGCAUCAUGGACGACGGACCUGCUGGUAAGGACCGUAUCCAGUGGUCCAAUCAUGCUCGGCUUCUGGGUCAGCCACUGGGUGCCUGACGACGCUGUGCCGACCUUUGAUUAUCUGCUCCAGAAGCAGGAUUUUACUGAGGUGCCAUACAGUACGCCCUUGCACACCAUCAAGCCUGCCAAACUCAGCAUGCCUUUCAUUUGGGGCAAGGCUGACCAAGGCAGGUGUGCGGUCCUCUUGACUAACGGCGUCAAUGCCGGACGUGGGACGGUUGUACACUCGUUAGCCCCUGAACCCACAGUUGUGGCCAUGAGUGUGACACUGCUGAGGCUCGCCUUUAAGGUACGGGGCAUCUUACUCCAUCAUGGUAAGGCCCAUGCGGUGUUCCUCCCGCCGCAGCUCCUGCACCGCUCUGUAUUUCAUAGGCAGGUGGCUCUCUCGCUCUUCGCGGAUAUGACUGAGGCUCUCAACUUGUUGGAUCGUCAGGGUAUUGAGAAUCUAUACCUGCCGCCGCUUCUGAAGUCGCACUCGCCUUGGAUGCGGCUGUACGAGGGGAUUGACCUGCCCCCUCACCACACUAAAUACUUGGUCAGGAGCCAGGAUUUCUCUGAAGCGUAUUUUUGUGAUGAUGCCAGACAGUUAGCGGAUGCUCUCUGGUGCUUGCUCUCUGUUCCGAUGGAAGCAGAAAGACUAGCUGCGGAGUACUUAGAACAUGGGGAACCGGGAUACGAAGAGGUAUACAGAGUGGCGACCUUGCUGUUGGAUAGUCUGCAGGAGCCCUUCACAACUGGGGCAUACGUCAGGGUGAAGUCGGGCGUGAGGGCGGCCACUCAUGACUACCCCGAAGUCACCAGGCUCUUGGCACAGCACCUUACGCAGGAAUUCCCAGGGGAUGCCUUCCUGACUAUACAGCUGCAGAGAAACAGAUGCAUGGACCCCCACAAGGACGUUCGCAACUCCGCUCUGCCUACGCUGCUAUGCAACCUGUCGCCGGAUGCGCCAGGAGGGACAUCUGUCCCCAUGAUGUGCCCCGAUGGCGUUAAUAGACUGGGGCGGAUCAUUGCGGGCAAAAGGUACCGACUUAGCGCACGCCUUCUCUGGCAUGCGUCGACCACCGAUGGCAGGGACCGCACAUUGCUUCUAGGAUGGGUUCCGGCAGGAUGGCAAAAUCUAUCACAUGAAGACAUGGCAUCCCUACGCAUACUGGGACUUGCGGUCCCCAACAACGAUGACGAAGCCAAAGGCCACCUCUCAUUGUGGCGUGGGGCUGCGGAAAUACAAAAGGGCCUUGCGGACUAUGGCUUCGUUGCGAGACAUGCAACGCGCCGACAGUGGCCGGCAGGUGCCUUGAAGUCCUCGACGCAGACCGUACACGUGUGCCUCUCCUCUUCGGACGAAGAGGACGAUGUGCUCUUUAUACCACAGCCCUGCAACCCGUGA